CGGACAAAGUAUGGAUACCCAGGUUAAGCUUGCUGUUGUGGUGAAGGUGAUGGGCCGCACUGGCUCCAGGGGUCAGGUGACCCAGGUCAGGGUGAAGUUCCUGGACGACCAGAACCGUCUCAUCAUGAGGAACGUCAAGGGCCCUGUCCGUGAGGGUGACAUCCUCACCCUCCUCGAGUCUGAGAGGGAGGCCAGGAGGCUGCGCUGAAGCAGCUAGUGGUUGCGCCAGUUGUUGGCCAUUCCUGUUUUAAACAAGUUAAAUGAUGAAUUGAAUCCCCCUUUGCCUAGUGUACUGCUUUCGUAUCAAGUUAUUGAACAAUGCUACUUUGUCCUUUGAGUAGGCUAUGGAGAAUGGGCUUAAGCAAUGGAAUUGUAAUUUGAGUACUCGUCUUGUUGCAAGUUUUGGUCUGUUAUUGCCUGAAUGAAUUUAAGUGCACUUGAUGAUGUGUGACAUGAUUUUGUUGCUAUCUUGGGUAACAACAAUGAAUGGCUUGUAUGA